ACCGAGGGAAUGAGAGCUUACGCACAUGUUCUCCAGCCUGUCUGCUGUAAACACUUUAGCUCCAGAGGACAACAGGACGCACGCACUCGCACGUGCCUGAGGGUAUUUCUUGACUACCCCAUCAUCAUCAUCCUCUUCACACUAAUGCUUUAGGACGAGCUUAAGCGUGAAUUUCAACACAGUCCACACGAAUGAAAAGUAGGAGUGAGUGAGCGAGUGGAGGAGGAGAGGAGAGCUGGAUUGGGGGGCGGUGUAGCUGAGAGGCCACAGAGGGGGGUUCCAGCAUUACUGAAAGGGCUGGACAGAGCGAAAGAGCAGAAAAGAAGGAAGAAAAGAAGCGAGAGGGGGAGAGAGAGGGAGAGAUGGCGAGUGGAGAGAUCUCCACUCUUCCCUCGGCUUCGGCCGACAGCUUUCCCCCGGGCCACUUCAAAGACCCCAAGAGGCUGUACUGCAAAAACGGAGGCUACUUCUUACGCAUCAACCCAGACGGACGAGUGGAUGGCAUCCGCGAGAAAAACGACCCCAACAUUCGGCUGCAGCUCCAGGCGACCGCAGUGGGAGAGGUCGUCAUUAAGGGUAUCUCAGCUAAUCGCUACCUUGCCAUGAGCUCUGAGGGGAGGCUAUUUGGAACGAGACGAGCAACAGAUGAAUGUUAUUUCUUCGAGCGCCUGGAGGCGAAUAACUACAACACGUACAGAUCACGGAAAUAUCCAAACUGGUAUGUUGCGCUAAAGAGGACGGGGCAAUACAAGAGCGGAGCAAACACAGGACCUGGACAAAAAGCUAUCCUCUUCCUCCCGAUGUCAGCCAAGGGCUAAACUUUGUCUGUGUGAGUUUUUAUUUGUUUACAUGAAAACAAAUGGCAGGCCAGAAUAUGGACAAUUAAUCUUUUAAUGGUUUGUUUUCGUUUUUUGUUUUUGUUUUUUGGCAAAAGAAAUGUGGGGUCGUAUUCAGACAAGAAACUGAAUUACUUACAAACAUACAAUUGUCACAGUGCUUCUGCUUCUCACUAAUGAAUUAUUUUAGGCCAUUAAUAAGAGAUUGCAACUUGUGAAUUUUUUUUAAACUCAUCAUUUUGUCUGAGAUUUUGUCUGUGAAUAGAGAUGUGGACAAACUAAAGAGGUUCCUUAAAACUGGUCAUUUUUAACAUAAAGAUAUAGAGUUGGAGCUAAUGUAAAUUCAUUUAAAAAAAAAAUUAAAGCAACUAACUAUGUAGUAAUAACCACAGCUUCAUCUUUGUAAUUCUUCAUCACCAAUUUAAUUUGCUAAGUCUUUUAUAGAGUCCAAUUCCUUUUCUAAAUGUUUUUGUAAAUUAAAAUGCGUUUGUAAACUUUUUGUUGAUCUAAAAAUGCUACAUUUCACAGAGAAAAAGGGAAUAAGUGUGUCACUUGAUUUUUUCCAACUGAAAAUUAUGGUAACUUUAUCAUUUUAGGCCAGUAUUAACAAAAAUAAUGACAAAAUAAUUAUAUCGGGACUAGGCCCCAGUGCUGUCUUGUACUUUAAUGGUUUGUAAUUUUGUAAAUUUUAAAUGAUUUUCAGAAAUAGAAUACUUAAUUCUUACCAAAAUUGUAAUGAUUUGAACUUAAGUUUCAUGUCAUUACGUCAACCCUAAAUCAUUAACUUAACCAGAAGUGUGUACUAAACAAUGAACAAAACAUUAUCACCCAGGGUGAAGUUUCACCAUCUGCAGCCUAUCAGUGUCACUAAAUGAGGUCAACAGGAAGUACUCCAUCUGUAAUCUCAGCCUGGAGCUCUGUGAUCAUCUGUUUUUCUGCUCAAUGAAAAAGAAGCAUGAAUGAAAUUAAUAGAUGCCAUACUAAUCUAAAAGGUUUUCUGGUGAAUCGUCCAUCAUUCAAAUAACAGCAAUUUUAAUAGAUUUUCUGCAAUGGCUGUUGCACCUACUAGUGGGUAGGUAAAUGUUUUAAAUAUAUAACUUAUCUUAAGUUACAUUGAAACCAUUUUACUUUGUUCAACUAAGUUAUUUAAAAGUUAUUUAAUACUUCAUAAACAUUAACAUAAAACUUAUUUGACAAGUUUAAGUUAACAUAGAAAAUGGCCACAUUGUAAAAUCUGCUCAACAUGAAUCUAAAUCUAUUACACAACAACAUUCUAUUACAUACCAAUCAAAUAAAAACACUGAAAAAAACUUGAAACAUUCACAAAUUUGUGAAACAAUUAUUUAAUUGGCAAAACUGUUUUAUUUUUAAAAAAAGUUCUUUUCAUUUUUAAAGCCUCUUGAUUUUUAUGACUGCAGCUCCUGUACAUUUUUAACGAAUGUCAUGACUAAAUAAUGUGAGUUUAAAAGAUGCUGCUUCUAUAUUAUAUAUCUUCCUUUCUAGCUUUUAGUGUGUAUAGAUCAAAUUGUCAUGUAAAUGAGAUUUUAUGUGAGAAAAAACACUAUUGUCAAUGUAUGUAUGUAUGUAUGUAGUUAAACUCUAACAGUAUUGCAAUAUAUUAUUAUAACAUUCUUUGAUAUGACUGUAUAUAAAAUAUUUACAUUAAAUACUGUAUUUAAGUCCAAAUAUUUCAGGCAAAUAUAUAAAUAUUUGCCUAAAAGUAAAAGUGAAGAAUUUUAAAUGGCAUUUUCCAGAAUAUGAGAUCCAGUCAUUAAUAACAUCAAAUAAUAACAUCAAUAUUUCAUACAAAAUAGUGGGAGAACUGAACUUUAGAAAAAGUCUAAAAAAAAAAAAAAAAAAGAAUUUGUGACUUUGUGCUGCAGUUAUAUCAACAUUUAACAAUAAAAUUAAACAGUUUAACAGUGUAACAGUGUAACGCAACUGCAACAUGCAUAGUCUAACAAUAUUUUAAAACCUAAAUCAGUCUGUGUGUUUUAUUGUAUUUAUUAGCUAGGUCAAAUAGAUGCAAGAAACAAAACAUGACAGGGCAUGUUGUAAUAGGAAAAUAAUCAACUGCACAUCCUGAAGUGUUAUCUUCUUAUUUAUAUCACAGCAAAGUGCCAACAAUUACAACUUUUAACUUGUUAAAUAAUGACAUCAUACUGUUAUCUGUUUAUAGUUAUAUUUAAUGUUGUCGAACACAAAACAAAUUAGUUUCAUUUAUUACAAAUUACGUAGACUUUCCCAUGGUGGAAAACUCAAAGUAAGAGUUUUACCCCUGACUGCUGCGAAGUGCUGAUGCUUGAGACUCCUUCCAUAAAGUUUAAAUAAAUGUCCCCUCACCAUAUCAGCAAUUACGCAAACAUAUUUUUCAUUUGUUUAUUAAUAGGCUUACAAUUCUGUAUGUAGUGUGUCCAGCAUAUAACUUCCUAUGAAUUAGUUCUUACUAUAGAUACAAUAAUGUAUUAGAGCACAUUAAUGUAAAUUCGAUUAUAGAUAUUUAUAUAAAAUAACACCUUUUGCCAAUCAUAACUGAGAAUUUAAAAGCAUUCUUGUCUAAAUAUUUAAUUCCUCUAUCACUUUGUUCAUUCAUACACAUAUUUUGGCCAUUACUGGUUAAUAGAAAAUGCACAUACUGAAUAAAUCUAACAAAACAAACGCUUGCUUGAGGAGGAAAAAAAUUAAAUAUUACUAAAAUUAGUUUAAUAUAAUGUAACUGUAAUAUGUAUUUGGUGUAUAAGUUAGGUGACAGUCAUCUACAGACAAAAAAUAAUGCCCUUAGCUUAAAAAAAGAAAAAAAAAGAACAGACAUCCUAUAUUAUUCAUCUUUUUAAUCAUUGUGCUCUAAGGAAAUUCUAUUUGGUCCUUUUCCCCUCUUUUUUGUUGUUGAAAAAAGUGAAUUUAUUGCUUUGGAUUGAUAUUUAAAUGUGAGAAAUUGCUAUCCAUUUUAUUCUUCUAUUUUUAAAAAAAGGCUUCUAGGAAAAAAGGCAUUUAAUUGUAUCUUCAGCACACUGUGAGAUUUAUUUAUACCGCUCCGGAAUUUUCCUGUGAUAAAUCUGAUAAACUAAUCCGGUGUAUACAGCAGGCAAUUCCUCCAUGCUUAGAUCGAUGUUCUCGAAUCCGUUUUGUAGUCCGAACAGGAGCAGUUUGGCGAUGCGGCUCGUUAUGGGUGCAGCGUCACUAAUUUUGGCCAGUUCUGCCAAAUCCAUCCACUCGCAACGUAAACACUCAUGCUUGCAGAAGUUGAUCUCGUACGUUACUGGCGCGAGACGGCAUAUCAGAUACAUAUCCGAAUUCCCAAA